AUGCCUCCAGACGCUCAUCUGACCGUCGCACCAAGCACCGUGAAUGACUGCUCUUUCUUCUUGAAACGUGCUGGUCUAGAUAACCACGACUCGGGUGAGUUCUGGCACGGCGGCCCACCUUGCCACGAAGUCCUCAUCAAUGAGGUCCUCACAAUGGAGAAGCUCGCACAGCAUCCCCGCCGCAGCAUUGUGCGCUACCACGGCCGCCGCGUCCGCCGGGGCCGUAUCACUGGCUUCUAUCUGGAGCAGCUGCACCAGACUCUGCACGAGUAUGCCCAGACGCAUGCCUUUGCACAUAUAGACAAGGAAAGCUUCUGA